AAACAUAGCUAUUGCGAGCUCCAUGUUUACAGUCGAAAAAAGGUGGUUAAACUUGGGCCAAAAUUAACAAAAUCAAUUCAGCAAUUCUGUUAUAUGCUAACCUAACAGUGGUUCAAUAUUUGGAUUGAUUACGAUGGUGAUUACGAGAGAAAUCAGGGAAGAAAUCAAAAAUUCUGUGCGUACAACUAUCCAUUCUAUUCUAAGCGAGGAGAAUUUCAUUGAACAAAUUGUACAAAAAGUAUCGGACAGUGUAGCAAAAACAGUUGGUAUAAAAAUCGCUGGAAUCGAGAAGAAAAUAAGUGAAAUGAACAAGAAAUUUGCAGUUGAUAGUACAGUCAUCAAGGAGCUGAAAGAAGAAACGUCUUUGCUUGAAUCAGAAAAUGAAUAUCUCUCACUAAAAUACGAUGAGAUUGAUCAAAGAGCUAGGUCGCAAAAUUUGAGAAUUUUCGAAUUAAAUGAGAGACAACAGGAAAAUCUAUCAGAAAUUGUAGUCGAACUUUUCGAGUCACGUUUGGCUAUAAAAAUAACAAAGGAAGAUAUACUUAUGUGUACCAGAGUUGAAAAAAUACAAGCCGAUCGGCCGAGGUGUAUCCUGCUGAAUUUGAACAGUUCAAGUAUGAAGCAGAGAAUCUUCAGUAAGAAGAAGAUGUUCAAAGGAAUGAGUAUAGUGUUGAAAGAAGACUUAACAGAAAACAGACUGGAACUCAUGAAGGCGGCCAUCGAAAAGACAUCUCUUAGAAGUGUAUGGUCUCAUGAUGGAAACAAUUACGCAAUGAAGGAUAGCAAAAGAAUUGCUAUCAAAACUAAGUAGGAUCUAAAUAAGCUAUAAUCAACCAGUUUUUCCUCCCUUUCUAUCUAUG